GUCUCAAAGUGCGACGGCAGUCGAUCGGUGCCGACGCUCGCCGAUAUUCGGUGAUCAAAGCUUAUUUCUGGCACUUCCGGUUAGCCCUAUCAACAAACAAACACGGUGGAGGCAGCAAGGCCUUCCAAGCACUUCCAAUUGCCCGUACUGAAUUGGAUAAAUCCACGGUGGGUGUUUGUAAAAGAUUAGAGAAUAGAAUAUACGAAAGAUUCUACAAAAGCCGAGGUGCCUGGCGUGUUCGGCGGGUGGCAAUCGAUCAGCAAAGCAGGAUCGGCGAACAAAAUCGCCGGCGCCCGACCCUCUAAUAAUGAUGAUAAAUCUCUCGGACGCCCUUGUGAUUGUUGCGAAUAUAAAACCGCUAGUUCGCUAGAUUUUACUUUUCUUCCCUGGAUGCAUGCAGACUUUCGCCUCAAUGUCUUCUUCUAACGAAAACGAAUCCAAGGGAAGCUUUGAUCUCGAGCUUCAGGACGUCGAUCAUCAGAAUGCGCUCCAGCGCGAGCUCACCCAUCGCAUGGCGUCCGGCGAUGAUAUUGACAGAGUUAGCCGGCUCUCGCGAGUGCUCACAAACUUAUCCGCUAAGAAUGUCGAGGGAGCUCUCGACGAAGAUGACCUAGACUUUGUGCAAUCUCUCCGUCGCAUCCUUCACCAGCGGGAGAACGAUGGUAUUGUCGAUCGCUCCAUUGGUAUCUUGUUUGAGGACCUCACCGUUCGCGGUAUCGACAUGGGUGCAAAGGCUCUCAACACAGUCGGCGAGCUUCUCAUGAAGCCACUCAAACUGCCCCAAGCAAUCAGAGAGGCCAGAAACGUCCAGUACCGUAAUAUUAUCGAAGGUUUUGAUGGUGUCGUCCACGCCGGCGAGAUGCUUUUGGUUCUUGGUCGUCCGGGAUCUGGUUGCUCAACUUUUCUGCGUGCUGUCGCCGGAGAAAUCGACUCUUUCAAAGGAGUCACGGGCGAGAUUUCCUAUGAUGGCAUCGACCAAGCCACGAUGAAAGAGCGCUACAAAGGUGACGUCGUCUUCAGUCCUGAGCAGGAUAUCCAUUUCCCUAUCUUGACUGUUGAUGAGACACUCUCGUUCGCUGCAGGCAUCAAGGCACCCAGAACGCGCGCGGGCAACAUUUCUCGAGACCAAUACGUUAAGGAUGUUCGUGAUAUCCUGGCCACUGUCUUUGGUCUUCGUCACACCUACAACACGCGGGUAGGAAACGACUACAUCCGUGGUGUUUCGGGUGGUGAGCGGAAACGUGUAUCGCUUGCUGAAGUUAUGGCUGGCGGUGCUCGUUUUGUGUCUUGGGAUAACGCGACCCGAGGUCUCGAUGCCUCAACCGCACUCGAGUACGCUCAGACUCUCCGAGCUUCUACCACUAUCAUGAAGAAUACCGCUGUGGUGGCUAUCUACCAGGCUGGAGAAAACAUUUACAAGCUGUUCGACAAAGUCACCGUCAUCUAUGCUGGUCGCCAGAUCUUCUUCGGUCCUGUCGACAAGGGAAAGGAGUAUUUUGAGAACAUGGGAUAUCUUUGCCGACCCCGUCAAACUACUGCUGAAUUCCUUACUGCUCUGACCGACCCCGCGCGAGUUCCUGUUCGCCCAGGAUAUGAGGGCAAGGUGCCCUUCACGCCCGAAGAGUUCGUCGCGUACUGGAAGAGCUCCGACAACUACCGCGAGAUGGAGGAGGAGAUGGCGACCUACAAGCGCGAUAUGGAUCCUACCGGAAAGCUGCACGAGCUGAUGGAGUCCACCAAGCAAGAGCGACCACAUCGGUUCAAGCGCAAGAAAUCGCCCUAUACCUUGUCGUUUAUUAUGCAGUUGAGGGUUCUUAUCAAGCGUGGCUUUGAGCGCCAGAAGGGAGACAAGGCUUUCAUGGCUAGUUCUCUUUUCAGUGCUCUGGCUCAGUCUUUGAUCGUGGGCUCUCUGUUCUACAACAUUACCGACACAUACAAUGGCGCAUUCUCGCGUGGUGGUUGUGUGUUCUUUGCCUUGCUGUUCUUCACUAUCAACGCCAUGGCUGAGAUGGCUCUGAGCUACCCCCAGCGAAUGAUUGUCGAGAAGCAAAAACGGUUUGCAUUCUACCAUCCAGCCGCUGAGGCCAUCUCGGCGUUCUUGACGGCUAUGCCUCUUCGCGUUAUCUCGAUGAUUAUUUUCACAAUCAUUUUCUACUUCCUUGUGAAUCUUCAAGUGAAAGCCGGACAGUUCUUCCUCUUCCUUUUGGUUCUCCAGGUGUCGACUUUAACUAUUUCCCUGUUCUUCCAAAUGAUUUCCGCUGUCUCGCCUACGCUCGAGGUUGCCAAUUCGAUUGCUGGUCUUGGUAUCAUGAUCAUUUUCAUCUAUGCCGGAUUCCUCAUUCCCCUUCCUCUGAUGAAAGUUUGGUUCAGAUGGCUGAACUAUCUCAAUCCUCUUCGGUUCUCAUUCGAAGCCUUGCUCGCGAACGAGAUGCACGCUCGCGAGAUGGAUUGUACAGCAAACCUGAUCCCUUCUGGCGCCAGCUACGAAAAUGUCUCGAUCGACUACCGGGUCUGUGCUGCUACUGGUUCGGAAAGUGCGAGCGAUCAUGUGUCUGGCGACCGAUACAUCAGUACGGCUUUCCAGUUUUCAUUUUCUCAUUUCUGGCGCGAUUUCGGAAUCGUUGUCGCCUAUGGAGUUCUCUUCUUUGUCUUGUACGUUCUGGGCACCGAGUUCACUUCCCCGGCUGGAACUGUUGGUGACGUGCUUGUUUUCAGACGUGGGCAUAUGCCUGGUGACAAGCCGAAGAAGGAACUGGAGAAAGUGGCUGAGAACUCGAUCAAUAACACUGAUGAUACGGCUGAGUUGGACCCUGAUCUCCAGAUGACUGAGAUUUUCUCUUGGCAGCAUGUCAACUAUACAGUCACUCUUCCCAAUGGAGAAGACCGUCAGCUCCUGUGUGAUGUUCAAGGUUAUACCAAGCCUGGAACCUUGACUGCCCUCAUGGGAGAGUCCGGCGCUGGAAAGACCACUUUGCUCAACAACCUUGCGAAGCGUAUCAAUGUCGGCGUCAUCAGCGGCGAUAUCUUUGUCGAUGGCAAACCUCUUCAGAUUGAUUUCAAGCGCCGCACAGGUUAUGUACAGCAGCAAGAUUUGCAUGUGGCCGAGAGCACUGUCCGUGAGUCACUGCGCUUUUCCGCUGUGCUCAGACAGCCGGCUUCGGUUCCGCUCCAAGAGAAGUACGACUACUGCGAGCGUGUCAUUGAGAUGCUGGAGAUGCAGGAUUAUGCAGAGGCUGUGGUCGGUGUUCUCGGACAGGGAUUGAACGUCGAGCAGCGCAAGAAGCUCUCUAUUGGUGUUGAAUUGGCUGCGAAGCCUUCCUUGUUGCUUUUCUUGGACGAGCCUACUUCCGGUCUUGACUCUCAGUCUGCAUGGGCUAUUGUGCAACUUCUGCGCAAACUUGCUAAUGCUGGUCAGUCUAUCCUUUGCACGAUCCAUCAGCCGUCCGCCACGCUUUUCGAGCAGUUUGACCGCUUGCUGUUGCUGAGAAAGGGAGGACAGACUGUUUACUUCGGCCCUAUUGGCGAGAGUUCUCACCAGGUGAUUGAGUACUUUGAGACGAAUGGUGCAGCAAAGUGUGGAGAUGAAGAGAACCCGGCUGAGUACAUCCUGAACUGUAUCGGCGCCGGUGCUACUGCACAAGCUUCGAGCAACUGGUACGACAUCUGGACUGCUUCCUCAAACUUCCGCGAAUUGACCGCCGAGAUCGAGCAAAUGCAUGCUGAGCUAGCGAAGAAGCCGGCUCGGCAGGUGUCGAAGGAGCUCAGUCGCCAGUAUGCCGCGAACUACAUGACUCAGCUCAAGCUUGUCGUUAUCCGAAUGUUUGACCAGUACUGGCGUGAUCCUCAGUAUAUCACUGCCAAGGCUAUGCUUAUGCUUACGUCUGGACUCUUUGUUGGAUUUUCGUUCUGGCAUGCGGACCACACACUCCAGGGAAUCCAGAACUUGUUGUUUGGUGUGUUCUUGUCGAUUAUCAUUGGAGUUCCGAUGAUGAACCAGCUUGAGCCUCGUGUGAUUACUCUGCGUGAACUUUAUGAAGUCCGUGAGAAUCCGUCAAACACUUAUCACUGGUCGAUCUUGCUCAUCGCGAGUUUGGUGGCAGAGAUUCCUUACAAUGUUCUCUUCUCGACGCUUUAUUACUGCUGCUACUACUGGCCUGUUGGUUUCAAUCGGUCUACAAAGGCUGCCGGAUACCAAUACUUUGUUUAUUCGGUACUGUACCCUCUCUACUAUACAACCUUCGGUAUUGCGAUCACGACCAUCUCCGCCGAUGCGGCAACAGCGAAUGUGAUUACCGGUCUUCUUGUCUGCUUCGUGGUUUCGUUCGCUGGUAUCUUCCAGCCUCCGUCUGCGAUUCCUCAUUUCUGGAAGUUUAUGUAUCGCAUUUCGCCAUUCACUUACUUCCUUGACACACUUCUCGGCAACGUUCUGCACGAUGUCGAGGUUGAAUGCGCCGAUACCGAGUUCAACAUUUUCAACCCUCCUGAUGGCCAGACUUGCUACAACUAUGCCGAGGCCUUUAUCGCGGAGGAAGGCGGAUACUUGAACAACCCGAACGCGACCUCGUCGUGCCAGUACUGCAAGUGGACUGUGGGCGAUAACUACUUGUCUACUGUGGGCAUGGAUUACAGCACGGAUAGAUGGCGCGAUAUCGGAUUUAUCUUUGUGUUUAUUAUCUUCAACUUCUGCGCGUCGUUCAUUCUUUAUUAUAUUUACAGAGUGUCGACGUUCAAUCUCUUCACUUUUGUGAAGGUGUUGUUCAAGAAGAAGGCGAAGAAAUGAGCGGGUAUAAUAAGAGGGAUUAUUUUAUUUUAUUUUCUUUUUCGUUUUCUUAUUGGGUUGGCAUAUACACACAUAGCUAUGGAACAAAUAGUCGAAACUGAAUUAUAAUAUCAUGUAACUAUCAUAAAAAUACAAUGAAAUAUCAAACAAUAAGUAGUCUUAUUUGCAGUUCAUCUUCAGC